GCCGGGCUCGGGGGGCGGGGGGGGGCCGGGCGGGAGGGGGCGCGAGGAGGAGGAGGAGGAGGAGGAGGAGGAAGCCCACCAAGUCCGGCGGCGGCGGCGGCGGCGGCCGGGAGGCGGAGGCGGAGGAGGCGGAGGACGCGGCGGCGGCGGCGGGGACGCGGGACUCGGGCCGCUCCGUGUUAUGAAGACAGCAUGGAGUUCCCAGACCACAGCAGACACUUGCUGCAGUGCCUGAGCGAGCAGCGGCACCAGGGCUUCCUGUGCGACUGCACCGUGCUGGUGGGGGAUGCCCAGUUCCGCGCCCACCGCGCCGUGCUGGCGUCCUGCAGCAUGUACUUCCACCUCUUCUACAAGGACCAGCUGGACAAGAGGGACCUGGUGCACCUCAACAGCGACAUCGUCACCGCCCCGGCCUUCGCGCUCCUGCUCGAGUUCAUGUACGAAGGCAAGCUCCAGUUCAAGGACCUGCCCAUCGAGGACGUGCUGGCGGCCGCCAGCUACCUGCACAUGUACGACAUCGUCAAGGUGUGCAAGAAGAAGCUCAAGGAGAAGGCCGGCACCGAGGCCGACAGCACCAAGAAGGAGGAGGACGCCUCGAGCUGCUCGGACAAAGUGGAGAGCCUGUCGGACGGCAGCAGCCACAUGGCCGGCGACCUGCCCAGCGACGACGACGAGGGCGAAGAGGAGAAGCUGAGCCUCCUGCCCGGCAAGAGGGACUUGGCCGGCGAGCCCGGGACCAUGUGGAUGCGACUGCCCUCGGACUCGGCGGGCAUGGCCCCGGCGGGCGGGGAGGCCGAGCCGCACGCCGCCGCCGCCGCGGGCGCAAAGACAGUGGCCAGCCCCUGCAGCUCCGAGGCUCUGUCCCAGAGGUCUGUCCCCUCCGUGCGGGACGCGGCAGAUGUUGACUGCGUGCUGGACCUGUCUGUCAAGUCCAGCCUUUCGGGCGUUGAGAAUCUGAACAGCUCUUAUUUCUCUUCACAGGACGUGCUGAGAAGCAACCUGGUGCAGGUGAAGGUGGAGAAAGAGGCCUCCUGUGAUGAGAGCGAUGUGGGCACUAAUGACUAUGACAUGGAGCAUAGCGCGGGCAAGGACAGUGUGGGCGCGGCCCCCCGGGGCCAGUACGAGCCGGCCCACCUGGCCCCGCUGCGGGAGGACUCGGUGCUGCGGGAGCUCGAGCGGGAGGACAAGGCCAGCGACGACGAGAUGCUGACCCCCGAGGGCGAGCGCGGGCCGGGCGAGGGCGGCAUGGAGGGCGGCCUGCUGCCCUACGUGCCCAGCAUCCUGAGCCCGGCCGGGCAGAUCUUCAUGUGCCCGCUGUGCAACAAGGUCUUCCCCAGCCCGCACAUCCUGCAGAUCCACCUGAGCACGCACUUCCGCGAGCAGGACGGCAUCCGCAGCAAGCCGGCCGCCGACGUCAACGUGCCCACCUGCUCGCUGUGCGGCAAGACCUUCUCCUGCAUGUACACGCUCAAGCGCCACGAGAGGACCCACUCGGGCGAGAAGCCCUACACCUGCACCCAGUGCGGCAAGAGCUUCCAGUACUCGCACAACCUGAGCCGCCACGCCGUGGUGCACACCCGCGAGAAGCCGCACGCGUGCAAGUGGUGCGAGCGCAGGUUCACGCAGUCCGGGGACCUGUACAGGCACAUCCGCAAGUUCCACUGUGAGUUGGUGAACUCCUUGUCCGUCAAAAGCGAAGCCCUGAGCUUGCCCACGGUCAGAGACUGGACCUUAGAAGAUAGCUCGCAAGAACUCUGGAAAUAAUUUUAUAUAUAUAUACAUAUAUAUAUGUGUGUUAUAUAUAUAUGUAUAUAUACAUAUAUAUACAUAGAUCUCUAUAUAGUUGUGGUACGGUCUAAAAGCAGUCUUGUUUCCUGGAACUAAAAAGUUGGGGUAUUAACUUGUUUUUUGCACUUUAGACUAGCAUGAGAAUCUCACUAAUUUAGCAUACUGAUAAACUUAGGGCAGGGCAGAGAUAGAGGGGGUCGGGGAAGUGAGCCAACAAGAGCCUUUGAAACGAAUCCGAAGCGUUCCUAGGGCUUCAUUUCGUCAACACUGCAUUGUCUCUGGAGGUCUCCCCCCCACUUUUUUUGUUCGGAAGUAUAGAAGCCCCCUCCGGUUUUAUUAGCCUCUUUCUGCGUCUCCGAUUGCAUGACUCCUUUCUGGCUGUUGGAAACCUGAAUGCUUUUAGACCCAAAUGGAAAAUUUCUGAAAUGCUGGAUUAUCUAUUUUUAAAAACAAGCAGUUGACUUUCAAACUUUCUGUGGCAACUUCUGGUUUUCCCCGACGGCUCCCAGUGAGAGAAGCGAUGAGCGUACACUGGUCACUGGGCCGCCGUCUCUGUGAAGGUUUGCUGGGGGUGGAGAGGAUAUAGCAGCUUCAGCAGUGUUGAACUGUGUUGAAAAUGUGAAUUACUGUUAUUGUAUACUGUAAUUGAUUACACGGGCUGGGAGGGGGGGUGUCAAAGAACUUGACAGGUUGUGUUGAUGCUCUUAGUUGAGUCUUGAAGAGUAAAUAUUAACGCUACAGAAAUGCAUGAGUUUCGAUAUAUUUUUGUCUUUGUUUGCAUUGUAUAACUUUAACGAGUGAGUUGAAAAUUAUUUAAUUUCCUUAGAGAAACAAAAAAAAAAAAAAAAUAGCACCGUUUGGGAAAUAACCCGGUGUUAUGAAGAACGUAAAUGCACUGUUUUUUUUUUUAUUUUUAUUUUAUAUAAUUUAAAUCGACUUUUCCCACUGUCUUUAAGUUGAGACUGUUAAGCUGACUAAAAAAAACGUAAGCUGCAAAUUGAUAACUUCGCUACAUAACAAGGAAAAUAUAAAUGUUUACAAAACGGCUUACAGACUUGCAUGUGCAGUGUGCAUUUAUCACAAACUCCCGAUUGCACAGAACCCAUGCCGGCUCGAAGUUUCGGUGUACACAUUUAUGCCCGGUUGAGCGUCUUUAGAAAAACUACUGCACAAAUUGACAAUAGGUCAUUCUUUUUUUUUUUCUUUCUUUUUUUCUUUUUUGGCUCCCCCUUCUCCCUUCCCCGCCCUCCCUAUCCCACCUCCCUCCCUUCCCCCGCCUCAUGAAAAGAUUCUAUGGACUGAAAAAGCCCCAGGCUGAAAGGCCGGGCUGCCUUGAUUGACACGGGGAGGGGGAGCAGACUGCGCGGUGGCGGCAGAGCUGCAGCCCGGCCGCGCGGGGCAGAGCAUUUUGCACAGUGUUUUCCUGUCUUGCACUUACAAAUAAGGUCUAUGGGAGGAGCAUGGAAAACGUUUGCUGUUUUUCCCUUUUAUUUUAUUUUUUUUUCCUCCUUAAUUGCUUUUGUUUAAAAUUUGAUCGCCUUAACUACUGUAAACAUAACCUAUUUUUGUGCUUAAGAUACUGAAUGGAAAACUCCAUUGUGUGUUGCUGGACUGUUUUGGAAAUAUUUGGUCAAACGCGUGUUCAUUUGGCUGUAAUGGCAUUUAAAGCAAGCAAACAAACAAACAGAAAGGAAAAAAAAAGCUGUGAAAAUGGCCUUGGAGCAUUAUCUUUAGUUACUUGAAGAGUUUCUAGUUUUGUUUUUUUUUUGUUUUUUUUUUGUUUUUUUAUUAAAUACAGUUUAUGUUAAAGUAAUUUUUAUUAAUUUAGAGAAGACAAUCAAUGUCUGUGAGAGAACGGACUUUUCUUUUGAAUUUUCUUUUCGUGGUCAUUGUGAGUGAUUACUUUUUCCUCUUAGUUUCACAUUCUUCCUUUGUUCUAAAAACUUAGACUGACAUCUAGCUUUGACAAUCAUAGUACGUUUUAUUUUCCUGAGGGGGGAAUAACUUAUAAUGCUGUUUAGUUUUGUACUGUUGGUGUGUUGGUGAAUUUUUAAACUGUGUGCUAACUGCAAUAAAUUAUAUGAACUCA